AUGAGAUGGAAACCUCAUAUUUAUCCUAUUGUGCAACAACUAAGCAUGAAAUUCAAGGAAUUUUUAAGUUUUGAAAAUUUUAAGAAGCACAGAGAGAUUCAAUUAACAUAUUUUUGUUCCUUUUUUAAUAAAGAACAAAGGAUUGAAAUUUAUUUCAAAUGUGCUUGGGUAAAUUGUCGCAUUAUGCUAGAACGCCACCAGGAAUAUUGUUGCGGCAGGUAUCAUGGAAAAGGUAAAAAUACUGAGUUGAAAAUUCCUACAACUAAAUUUCCUGCGAAAGCCUUGAAAUUCUAA